UGUCAUGCAGCUGACUUGUGAGAGAUUGUUUUUACACUCACACUCUAAAUGAAGUCUGUCUCUCUUAGUUGUCUCUAAACAGCAGGCCGGAUAAGAAAGCAAUGUGGAUUGACUGUGGGAUCCAUGCCAGAGAGUGGAUCUCUCCUGCUUUCUGCUUGUGGUUCGUUCAAUAUUCUUUGUCAUUUUACAAGAUAAACUCAGACAUUACUGACAUUCUGGACAACAUGGACGUCUACGUCUUGCCUGUUAUGAAUCCUGAUGGUUACAAGGUCACGUGGACAACAAACAGGAUGUGGAGGAAAAACCGUUCCCUCAACAAAAACAGCAAGUGCAUCGGGGUAGAACUCAACAGGAACUUUGAUGCAAACUGGUGCACAGAGGGAGCCUCUAACGAUCCCUGCACGGAGAACUACUGAGGUACGUUCCCCGAGUCGGAACCAGAAUCGAAGGCCGUUGCCAACUUCCUGCGCAGUCACAAGGACACAGUCCAGCUCUACCUCAGCAUCCACUCCUACUCUCAGAUGCUGCUCUUCCCGUACUCCUGCACCUUACAGGAAGCAGAGAACCACAAAGACCUGGUGAGAGGUUAUAGUCGUAGCUUACAAGUUUCCA